AUGACAGGACUACCACUUCUUGCUACUGUGAUCUUGGCGGUGUUGGCUGGAGGCGGUAAUGCAGCAACCAUCCGCAGGCUGACUGUUAUGAGUGCGACAUGCCAGGGAGCGUCCGGUCCAUUUCCGAAUCCGAACAGCUGCAGAAGCUUCCUACAGUGCGAGCCUUCAGGUGUCGCAACGGUCGUCCCAUGCCCGGCAAAUCUCGAGUUCAAUCCAAAGCUGAGGGUGUGUGACUUCCCAGAGAGAACUGGUUGCUCCUCAUCCUCGUCUCCACCUGCUGACGACGACAAUGGAAAUGGUGAGGAAUCAGGCGAUAAUGGUGGUCCUGAACCAGCGCCACCAUCUGGCGAAGUCCUCACUUGUCCACCUUGGAAUCCAGAGGAUGUCACCCAACUGCCCAAUCCGAAUGAUUGUAGCAGUUUUUACAAGUGUGACGAGAAUGGCGUUGCUUGGGUCAUUUCAUGCCCGGCCGGUCUCGAAUACAAUGCAGAUCUGAGAGUGUGUGAUUACCCAGAAAACGCUCGUUGCUCAUCAUCUUCACCAAGCAACCCAUCUGAUGAUACACCUUCUGAGGGGAGUCAAGAUAACGGAAGUUCUGAUGCAGGUAAUGGGGUAAGCCCGAAUCCACCAGCUGGAGACGCUCCUUCUUGUCCUGCGUGGGAUCCAAAUGAUGUCACACAGCUGCCCAAUCCGAGUGACUGCAGCAGCUUCUACAAGUGUGACGAGAAUGGUGUGGCUUGGCUCAUACCGUGCCCAGCUGGACUAGACUACAAUUCAAAGCUGAGAGUGUGUGAUUACCCCAAGAGUGCUGGUUGCUCAUCGUCAGCUGCUCCAAGUAAUCCGUCUGGCGACGAUUCCUCUAAUGGCGGUCAGGACAAUGGAAAUUCUGGCUCUGGUAAUGGUGAAAUCCCGCAGGAACCAGCCGCAGAUUCUCCCGCAUGUCCGGCUUGGAAUCCAGAUGACGUCACCCAGUUGCCUAACCCCAGCGACUGUAACAGCUUCUACAAGUGCGACGAGAACGGAAUUGCCUGGUUGAUACCGUGUCCAGCGGGCCUGCAAUACAACGUUGAGCUGAGGGUGUGCGAUUACCCUGAGAGCUCUGGGUGCUCUGUGUGA